AUGUCGAUCCUAUUGCUACGUACAAGAGAUGUAAGCGCGCGCGUACGUCGAGCCGCGUUCUUCCGCCUAUCGCCCGGCCAAUGUUUGGAAGAGCUGAACGCCGUGGAACUUCGUGGGCUCCUACGAUCGGGACUCGCCGACUGCGAUGCGUCCGUGUGCAGCGCUGCGCGAAGGUUCUGUUUGGCGUGGUUCGACUUGACCGCUGACCCUGAUGCCGAAAAGUGUGGGUAUGAUAACGAGCGUACACCUUUCUUGGAUCUCACCCGCUUUGGUCGUUUGAUGGCGACAUGUUUGUUCGUACACGCGAACGACACCUACAACACCGGCGUUGAGGUCAUCAUGGACGCUUUGGACGCCAUUUUCACGGAACGCCCAAGGAUCUUCCGUGAGCUAACAUUCGAAGGCACACUUUCGCAUCCAACCUUGGAGUCCAUUUCGCUCGUGCGCGCGUUUUUGUUACACUGUCACAAGAAUUACUCUGAAGAGCGAUGGGAGGCUUUCCUGGAAGAUGCUUCGGUGCCGAAUUUGACACAACUAGCGGCUCAACUGAGGGCGGUGCUGGACGUCCUCUUGUCGUGCAUCCCUCAGGUAGAAGAUGAAAUGAUCGAUCAAGGACACGUGGAAGAUACACAGGAAUUUCCGCCCGACGUUCAGGAACGUUUAGUUGUAGCAACUCAGCUCAUGUGCCUCGCGGGAUCUAUGGAUUUAGGCGAUGAAGUUGGAAGACGGUCUAUGUCUCUCGUUAUACGAACCGCGCUAAUUAACCCUUCACUCCCCAUGGGUGUGAUAGAACCUGCACUGGAGCUCCUGCAGAAGCUCCUUCAGAAUGAGCGCGAAUACACGCGCAUCGUAGUCGAGAUCAUAUCCGAUAUCCGAGACGAAUAUUCGAUCGUGCACUCUCAGACUUCCCGGGAUCCACCAAGCUCGACUGAGUUAUCGCCCAAAACCUGCGACCGACUCCUCGGAAGUCAAGAUUCGGGUACCAAAAUUACCAACGAAAGCAAAGCUAUCGAAGCCAGAGACUGCAGGUGUCUCGAGCUGCUAUCAGAGAUGCUGCGUCAUUCUCAUGUUAUUUUGGACGACGCUCCUCACAUUCGCGCUCUUUUGAUGGAUCUCGUCAUCCCUGCAGCGAAGCAUGGCCAUCGCUUAUUGCAGGAGCGCGGGGUUAAAGCACUGUGCUUAUACUGUCUGUCGGACAAGUCCCUGGCGGGUGGUUCAUUCGAUACUUUCUUAAGCAUCUUGCAACAGUCGCCAACCGCAAGAAAUCAAGUUCUGGUCAUCUCAGCACUAUUUGAUAUUCUGAUGGUGUUCGACGUGACCUGCUGUAACAAGUUGGACACUGUCCUGUCUCUUCUCAUGUAUACCUUGGAAGGCAACGAGAGCACGGAUAUCUCAGAUUUGAUAUGUGCUGGGUUUUGCAAACUACUGCUCAACACGUCUCUUCGCGACAAAAGGGCCUCCGAGAACCAGAAUUUCCUCAGACAGUCCUUCCUGGAUAUCGCUAAUCGCUUAGCCGGUAUCAGCGAAGUUCAUGAUUCCGGAGAAUCUAACGUUCUGCCAUUACACGACUUGGUCGUAGAGCUCCUUACUUGGACUGAUCCUCGGAACGUGAUGACAUGGAUUCAAGCGGGGGAGACGGAGCCGGUCAAUAUCCAUCUGUUACUAGCAAAAGACAUUUUGGAGGCCCUAUAUGAUCCUGAUCAACAUGACGGAUUCCUAUGCGCACUAUGUCAAGCUCUUCCUCAGUUGCAGGUUGUCGGUGGGGUGGAUGAUAAAUUACUCCUCAUGAUCGACAUUCUGUUGAACCACUUCGACUAUAAUACGAUUGAGGAACCUCUCUCGCUGAAAGGGCUGGUCUCCUUCCGCGAUAAAUUUGUGAAAUCACAUCGCCGAGCUCUGGAGAACAUAGACGAGGAGGACUUGCGCGAAGAUGAAGAGAUUACACAGAUCUACAAGCGUGUCGGUGUCCGGUCCCCACUGUCGCAAUCGAUUCAAUCGUUCGGCGAUAGGUUAUCAAGAGGGACGCCGACGUCAACCUCAAGCAUAUCUAUGGCGCUCACACCGUCAGCAACGUCUAGCCUCUCCAGCAUCAGCGCUGGCGUGUCGCCAUAUAGCACGGGAGGAACGCAUUUGACGUCGAGGUCGGAAUGGCCAAUGGAGGACGGCUGUCUACCGCCUCCACUGAACUCAGUUGCUUCGUCCCGAACCACCGACUACCUAUUGCAGGAUUCUGUGCGUCGUCCCCGACAAAGGAAGGCGAGCCAUCGCGUUUUCUCGGAUUCGAGCAUGUCCGGAUGGAAUUCCUUCCUCAGCUGAUCGUUUAAAGACACGAUUUUGGCGGAAUAGUACAGAUUUUUACCAUUGGGCAUGAAUGAACACAUCCGUGUCGGUUCGGUGAUCGAAGUAGUCUUGUCAUAACCUGAUUUCUCAUGUGCAAGGUUGAUCCUCGCUUUCAGGCGGUAUCAUGUAUGCGCGAUAGAAGGAUCGGCUCAUCCAGCUCGCUAGCACGGCACCACGCCUUCUGGAGAGCCCAUCCGCGUUACACAGACCCGAAGACGCAUCGCCGUUUCGUCAAAAUCGUUUAUAAUAGCAGACCAUAUUUACCAAUUGGUCUCCAUCAGGAGUCCAUGACCACCCCGGCAGCUCGCCGUA